GUUUGUAAUAUUCUUUUACAUCAAACUAUUUUACGUAUUAGUUGUUCUAUACAUAUCAUUGCAUUACAUCAACACGAUCGGCGACUGAUACCCACGUAUUAGGGCAUAGAAAGACAAGUGAAUCGCAGAGGGGGUUGUAAUACAGAAAUGUAUCAUUUUAUGGCCACAUGUGCGCCUGAGCCAUUGGAGUUAUCGGAAAAAGUUCAAAUACCUGGGCACGUAAGACAAUAUCUUAAGGACUUCCAAUUAGAGACCCUUCGUUUCUUACAUAGGCAUUUAGCUAAUCGGGAUUUUUGUAUAUUGAACGAUGAGAGUGGCUUGGGCAAAUGUGUUUCAACUGCAGUGUAUUUAGGUGUAAUAGCCAAGAAUAAAACUUGUCUUAUUGUUGUUCAAAAUGAUGAUGAGCUUGUGGCUGGAUGGCAAUUCCAUUUCGAUAUACUUACGAAUCUAAAAGUUGGAGUUUUGGAUUCGACUACGAGCAUAUUGGAUUCUCCUCCGAAUAUAAUCAUAGCGAAAUGGGCUACUCUACGUUCAACAGUUGAUGGAAACAAAUAUAAUUAUGAUUAUAUUAUUAUCGAUAACCGAGGUCAAAUGAUGAGUAACAACUUUUGCAUGUCUAUGCUCUUGAGUAACUAUGAACAUAAAGUCAACUUACUAAUAUCUAGUAUCGAUGUGACGUCUGAUCUAAAAUUGUUACACAACGCUCUACGCCUGGGAGGUCGUAUAGAUCAUCAGUAUGAACAGUUUAAAGUUUUUGAGGCGAAAUACAAAUUGCCGGACUCGAAAGAUGUACUUAAUAAAACUUCUGAUUUAGAGCAAUAUUUUUUAAAACGUGAAAUGAUAAGUGAUUAUUGCAAAGACUUUCGGUUACGGCGUUAUCGACAUCAAUUUGAAGACAAUAUGCCGCUUGUGAAUGCAGAACGAUAUAAGAUUAAUUUAGAUUUGUGGCAUACAAUAAGCAGUUCAAAUAGUUCUCUAAAAUCUAACGACAACACCAACGUAUUAAAUGCGAAUUCUGAAACGGCGACUGAAGAACUUUUCAACCAAGCUUUAGCGUUAAAUGGUGAAAUGACGCACAUUACAGAGACACAAAAGAGUGAAGCGUUCAUAAUGCCAAACAAUGAGCCUUCGGAAGAUGCGCUGAGUAUGUCACCGCUUCUAAUCGACUCUGAAUCAUGUGACAGCGAUGAAGCAGAAGUUGUGGUCAUAACGAAUCAAGAAACCAGUUUGCCUCCAAGUAAACAACCAGUAUCGGACAUUUAUGAAUUUGUUGACUUGUCAACUGAAAACUGUUCGGAGGAAUAUGUGAGCAAUAUCAACAGGACAAAACAGAAAACUCCCAAUAAAUCGGAAGCAAGUCAAUUGAAGGCACGAUCUCCUGCGCAGAAUAACAAAAACAUAAAGACAAUUAUAAUAAAAGAUACACAAGAAAUCGAGAAUCCUACGGACUCAACUAAAAAUCAAGCAAACCGAAAAAAGACAAAAUUACAAGCUUCCAAAGAUGUUUUGGAAAAAAAGACAAAUGUUAGGAAAGGAGAUCAAAGUGAUGAUCUGAUUGAAGUUUUGGACACUCCCUUGGAAGCGAGCGCCACCAUAGGUGAUAGCAAUAAAAAUGCAACAGUUUCGAAACGUCAAAUGAGAAAUAACAAUGUAAUAAAGCAAAAUGUGGCGGCGGAGAGCCAAAUACAGCAGGAUAAAGAUAAUAAUAAGGACACAAUUACCACAUCUAACCGGAGAACUUUAAAACAACCCAAAAAAUAUUUAAAGCAAACCGCAAAUAAAAUUAUAACUACUGAUAAAAGUGAUUCAGUUAUUUCGUCGAAGCAAAAGAAAUUAGAGCAGGCGCAAAAGAAUAGCGAAAAAACCUCAAAAAUAACUGAUAAGGUGGUUGAGCGUAAAAUUCGUGAGAAAUUAACUGAAGCUAAGCAGCAAACUGAUAAGGCAGUAAAAGAAAAAGACCCAACACCAACAAAAGAGAAAAACGAUGAGUUGAAGGAAAAAGAAAUUAAGUUCAAACAUAACGUAAGCGAAGCAAAGGAAACACCAAGGCGUUUAAGGCAAACAAGGGCCAACAAAACUGAUGUCCCAAAAGAUAAAAAUGUAGAAACAUCUGGGAAAGUUACUCCAAAAAAGGUAGAGUCUGCACCUGCCAGAAGAGAUUUACAGGAAUGUGACAAAGAUAAAGAAAAAACGCCAUCAAAAGAUUCACCACAAGAUGAAGGCGUAAAACAAAAUGCCAAACCGAAAAUAAAAAAUAAAUCACGUGCGGAUGUUCCAGAGACACCAACCGUGCGAAAUACCAGAAGUAUGCAGCAGCGGCUAACACGAUCUAAGGACAACAUGAAAAGUAAAUAUAUGAAAUCGCCGUUGUUACCGGAUAGUAAUAGAAAGCCGAAGAAAAAGCCGAAAGAAAAAGCUAUACUGACAGAAAAUUGUGCCAAGGCUGUAACUAAGGAACCUGCAGAACCAACAAGCAAAAGCAAGAAAGUAGGAAGUGAAAAUUUAGCAAAUGAGCACAACACUAAUAUAUGUAGGAAAACAACGCAAAAUAAGGGUAAAAAAGGACAAACAAAUAAUAUAGUUUCUAAUAAUGUUAUAAAUACCACCGAUUCAGCCAUACUGCCAUGUUCCAAUAACACAGAAGACAUGCAAUGCGGACAAAAGAUAAUUUCAGAUACACACUCAGAUAACGAAUUCUUACGACCACCAACACCGGUGCGCAACACAAGAAAUUCUGAACCCAAAAACUUUUUACCCACCCCUAGUAGUUUAACGGAUUCCGAAGUAGUAUUUGUGCCAUCCACAGACGUACCGAAUAAAGGUCAAUCGAUCGUUGUCUUAUCCAGUUCAACGGAUGAUGGCUCGCUAUCAUCGCAGCAAUCUGCACAGAGUCGACGAACGCGUGCGCUAAAGCAGAAAAAAGCGCUUAAACGCCCUGCGAUCGAUGCUGCCGAUGCAAAUCAAUUGCCAUCAACGCCAACAUUCGGCGAACUAUUAGCCAAACAACGAGCACAGCGAAAGUCACCGGAUUUGUUCAGUGCGAGUACCGAACUUGGAUUAACGUGCACACAGCGCAUCACAGACGAUAGACAUGACGGCGUUGAGACCUUUCAGGGUUUCAAAAUAUUCGGUUCUGAAGUGAAACAAAUGCAACAACAACACGCUCAAAUUGCUGGUGUUGGAAAGAAGACAAAGCAAGCGCUAAGUCGCGGACGUUCAUGCUUAAAUAUUCUCGAACAAAUGUUUGAUACGCCUGCUACGGAGGUCGCAGAAGUUGCGACGAAUGCACAAACGCAGCCAACGAAAUCGACAAACACACAGACAACAAAGUCCAAGAAAGCGCCAGACAGUAAGUUGGUGAAACGGGCGACCCGAGGGAGUCAGCCUGUGAUGCCGGCACUACCAAAUGCUGUGACUGGCACACAGAACCAUGAGAAAAAUAAACAAACGUCAAACAAUGGCACUGCCACAAACCAAAUGAUUAGCGGCCCUAUGGAGGAUGAGGAGAUAUUCGAGAUUACACAUAACGAUGCAUUCGGCAGUGUGAUGCGCAUCAACUCCAAUGGUGAGAUAUCGCCAGUGCAGAUGACAGCACGUACGCAACCAACACAGCCAACGCAACACAAUAAAAUCACGAACUAUCUGAUCGGUACAACGCAACUAACACCAACGGAGGCCACAAUGGAUGAGCGUACGCCCAGCAAACGCACACCACAAACGCAACUGUCCGGCACAGCGGCACGCAGAUCACCGAAACAUAGAUCGACACAAUCAACGAAACUAACAAAGUGGUUUCAGAAAAACGACGCGCUCAAUGAUCUCCACGCGAAUGCAGCGCAGCAAGAAAUCACAUCGAGAAGCCACAACAGAAACACCAUGGCUAAGCGACUUAAGCGGCGUUGCCUGGAGUUAUCCUUCCGAAAUUGAGGAGGAGGAAGGAGGAUGUUAAACGCGACAAUAUGCAUGUACAUAUGUAUGUAUGCACAUUAACUAAAUUAACCUGCAUGUAUUUAAAUAUAGAAUUAGACAGUUUAGACAGUUUUAAUGUACCUUUAUUCAAUUUUAACGUAAUUACACACAUGAUUUUUUAUGAUUA